GCGGCGGGGCUGGGCUGAGGCGGAGGAGGAGGAGGAGCGGCGGGGCGGCCGCUCCCGUUAAUCGCCGCUGGAUAGAGCCCGGCCCCGCGGCGCCGCCCGCGCCCCUCGCCCUCCUCCGCCCCGGCUCCUCCCGGGCGAUGCGCGCUGCGGCGGCGGGCGUGGCCGAGUGAAGCAGCGGCGCCUUCUCCGUCUUCAUCCUGCUCUUCCUCGCUCGCUCUCCGCGGCCAUGGGCGACUGCGGAGCCCCCGGGGACGUGAACUCCAACGUGCUGGUGGCGCGCAGCACCGGGGACGCGCAGCUGGACAAGGCGGUGUGGCAGUGGCUCAGCUGGGACAAGAACCAGAAGACGAAGGCGCAGAUCGAGAGGCUGCUGCAGGACGGGCGGCACGGGGAGCUGCGGGCGCGCCUGUGCUGCCGCCUGAGCUUCGGCACGGCCGGGCUGCGCUCCGCCAUGGGCGCGGGCUUCUGCUACAUCAACGACCUCACCGUCAUCCAGUCCACGCAGGGGAUCUACAAGUAUCUUGAGAGGAACUUUUCAGACUUUAAGCAGAGAGGCUUUGUUGUUGGAUAUGACACACGAGGUCAGGUCACCAGCAACUGCAGCAGUAAGAAGCUGGCAAAACUCACUGCAGCAGUCCUGCUGGCAAAAGAUGUACCUGUGUACUUCUUCUCCACCUAUGUCCCCACCCCCUUCGUGCCCUAUGCCGUGCAGCAGCUGGGGGCUGUGGCUGGGGUGAUGAUCACGGCGUCCCACAACCGCAAGGAGGACAAUGGCUACAAGGUUUAUUGGGAGAAUGGAGCACAGAUCACCUCUCCUCAUGAUAAGGAAAUUAUUAAAUGUAUAGAAGAGUGUGUUGAACCAUGGAAUGGCUCCUGGAAUGAAAAUCUGGUGGACACCAGUCCCCUCAGGCAGGAUCCUCUGAAGAAAAUUUGUGACAGCUACAUGGAGGAUCUGACAAAGAUCUGCUAUCACAGGGAGCUGAACGUGCAGAGCAGUCUGAGGUUUGUGCACACCUCUUUCCAUGGCGUGGGACAUGACUACGUGCAGCUGGCCUUCAGGGCCUUUGGAUUCCAGCCCCCCAUUCCAGUGCCCGAGCAGAAAGACCCAGACCCAGACUUCUCUACUGUCAGGUGCCCAAAUCCUGAGGAAGGAGAAUCUGUGCUGGAGCUGUCACUGAGGCUUGCAGAGAAAGAGGAUGCAAAAGUGGUAGUGGCCACUGAUCCAGAUGCAGAUCGACUGGCAGUGGCAGAGCAGCAGGAGAAUGGCUCCUGGAAGGUGUUCACAGGCAAUGAGCUGGCAGCCUUGUUUGGCUGGUGGAUGUUUUCCUGCUGGAAGGAGAACUGCUCCCCAGAUGCUGAUGUGAAGAAUGUUUACAUGCUGGCCACCACGGUCUCCUCCAAGAUUUUGAGGGCCAUUGCACUCAAAGAGGGAUUUCACUUUGAGGAAACACUCCCUGGUUUUAAAUGGAUUGGAAGCAGAGUAAAAAAUCUCCUAGACAAUGGAAAAGAAGUUCUCUUUGCAUUUGAGGAGUCUAUUGGCUUCAUGUGUGGCACAUCAGUGCUGGAUAAGGAUGGAGUGAGUGCAGCUGUGGUCAUUGCUGAGAUGGCAACUUACCUGCAGGGCCAGAGCCUGAGCCUGGCCCAGAAACUCCUUGGCAUUUAUGAAACGUACGGCUAUCACAUAUCCAAGACUUCCUACUUCCUGUGCUACGAUCCUGCCACCAUCAAGAGGAUAUUUGAGAGGCUGAGGAACUGGGAUGGGCCUCAGAGCUACCCCCAGUGCUGUGGGGCUUACAGCAUCCUGCACGUCAGAGAUGUCACCACGGGCUAUGACAGCAGCCAGCCCGACCACCAGUCUGUGCUGCCAGUGAGCAGGAGCAGCCAGAUGAUCACCUUCACCUUCCAGCAGGGCAGCGUGGCCACGCUGCGCACCAGCGGCACCGAGCCCAAGAUCAAGUACUAUGCUGAGAUGUGUGCCCUGCCUGGACACAGGGACAGGGCUGUGCUGGAAGAGGAGCUCCAGAAGCUGGUGGAGGCUCUGAUUGAGAAUUUCCUGGAGCCUGCCAAGAACGGGCUGACCUGGCGCUCUGCGUAGAGCCCGGAGCAGGAGGGGAGCAGAGGGCCAGGAGCAGCACCAGCCUGCCUUUGUGUGUGUCUGUGUGUUUCCAACAGCUGCACUCUUUCCUGUAAAGAAGAAGCAUUCUUUUGUCAGGCUUUUCACCAAAUUGGGAUAAGGAGAGCUCAGAGGAAAGGGCAGAAUUUAUUGUUGCAGUUUUCAGUCCUUUUGACCAAAAGUUUAACUCACACCAAUGCAAGUGAACUGCCCUAGUACCUUUGAGGCAGCUGAGCUUGGCUGCUGCAUCUUCUCUGAAGGUCAGUUCAGGUACCUAAAACACCUCUUUUUGGAGUGUGGAAAGGCUUUGAAGUUUUAAAGGAGUGAUCACUCCAAACUGGCCACAAAGGCUGCUUCUUCCCCUCAGCUGAGACCUUCUGUGUACAGGUCUGCACUUCCAAAAGCAGCCAAGCAGAGCUCAGCACUUCUUCUUCAGCAAACUGUUGACAUUUUUCAGCUCCUUAACAAUUCUUCUGUUGGUAAAGGUGUUCUUGGGCGUUGUAGCUUUCCUGUGUGUGUCUCAAAACAAUUGGUAGUGAAACAAUGGUGGCAACAGCUGCAGCUUGGGGCUGGAAUUGCCUGGUGCCUUCCCAAGGCUCCCAGAGGAGCAGGAAUUGGUCAUUCCUUGGUAAAAUUGCCCCUUCUGACCACCAUGGGCUCUGUGGCUACUUUUUGUCCCAAUUCUCUGAAGGGUCUUAAGCUUUCUUGUUUUUCUGUAUUCAUUGCUUUGAACAAAAAUGCCAGUCAGUGACUUUUUGGUUUUUGCUGGCCUGAAUUAAUUCUGUCUGUGUAUUAUAGAAAAAAAAAAAAAAAAGGCAAGGAAGAAAGUGGAGGUGAAAGACUGGCACAGUUACUAAAUUGUGAUUUUUUUAAAAUACUUUUUGGUUAUGUCCUGUCAGGUAAUUUGUUAAAAUAGCACUUUGCAAAUACUAUAAUUCUUUAAGGGUAAAUUGUUAACAGCUUCUCUCAUUUGUCUUCUCCUUUUGCUCAAGUAGCAAGUGAGAGUGCUAAUCACAUUUUCCUAAAAAACCUCACCCAAACCAAUUCUCAAGUUCUCCUUCUGGUUUAAUUGGGCAAUAAAGGCAGUGCUGUGGCACAGGGAGCUGGUUCUGACAGCUCCCUGCUGUCACUGGCACAAGCAAAGAGGAGCAGCAGCAGCUGAGUGCUGGGCUCUGUCUGUCUUGGAGAUGAUGGGAGAAGCUCUGGGGUUCAGGCUGUUGUUCUGCCACUAUUGUUGCCUCUCCAAAUUCACCCUCCCUCUGAUGGCACAGGGUAGGUUUGUGUGUGGCCUCUCCAUGGCCUCAGAGAGCCCUGGGCUUUGGGGGUUUCCUGCUGCCAGCAGCUUUGCACUAUAUCCAUGGAGAAGAAUUUGUGUCUGUGAGUGUGUGUGUGCUAGAGAAGGUCUGUGUUGCACAAAUUCUGACCUGUCACUGCUAUUUAUUUAUUUUUUUUAUUUUGGGAGAGUAUCUCUGAAUUGUUCUGCCAUUGAGUGAAAUGUAUCUAAUGCCAAAAGCUUGGUUUCUUUACCUUGAUUGUACAUUUGGCUGACAUGGUGGGGAACACAGGCAAACCCAGUCCCACUCAGAGGAUGCUUUUGUGGCUGUCUGUGCUGGGCAGGGCUGGGAGGGUGUUUCUGCUGCUGCUUUGCCUUCAGCUCUCCAGAAAGGUGCAGAUCUGCACUGAACCUGGGGCAGCUCUUGCCAUUCCUUCCACUGGCAGCAGGUUGAGCCCUGAGGCACUGAGGAUUUUGUUCUCCAGGCAGCAAAGAAAACAAGUGACUUGGGACAUAACUGUGAACAAACAGUGCAGAAGGAUGCUGUGUGUGUGUGAUGGGCCCAGCUGUGUGCUGCUGUAGCAGACCACAGUGAGUGAUGGUUCUGCUCCUGCAAGGAGCAGGAGUCUGCAGCUCCCCAGAGAUCUGAAAUGGAGGGAAUGGCUUCAAACAGGCAUUGCUGGGAGCUGGUAACUGUUGAUAGUCUGACAAUCCUUAAUUAAAGAAGAAAGCCCAGCUGUGGGGUGGUGUCUGGGAUUUUCCCUGUGGGUAGGUCUGGCAGUGAGCUGUAGCUGUGGUGAUGCUUUUGGUUGGACAGCAGCAGGCACAAGGUGCUGAAUGUACUUUCAGGGUAUAGUCAUUAUUUGUGUUUUGAAACUGCUGCUACUGUUGUUUUCCUACUGUAUUGGAACUGUUGGAUAUAUUUAUACUGUUCCUUUUGUGGAACUCCUGUAUCUCCUCCCUGAUCUCACAUCCCUUACUUCUGUUACUGUGAAGGACUGGAAUUCUUGUUUCCUUGCCCUGUAACUUUGUUGUGCAUCGUGUUAGAGUUUACUUGGGUUGUGCACAACCUUCCUUGAGUUGCCAGCUGUUCUUUCCCCCUUCUCAGAUGAGAACAAAGGCUUUUCUGCCUUGAGUAGAAAGCAGAUCACAGAUCAAAGGAGGCUGUGGAUGUUUCUGAGAUGCUUCCAGGUAAAACACACCUUUCCAGAGCUGGGCAGGGGCUCAGCUGUGGUCACGCAGCCAGUGUGAGGGUUUAGUGGCUGAUCAGAUCUGGAGGGCUUGUGUUUGUCCCUUGGCUGUGACAGGUGAGUGGUGUUUCCAUGGGACAGGAGCUGUGCAGGGUCAGGGCUUUGCCAGGCAGGGCUCAGUGUGGGGCUGAGCUGGCAGCUGUUCCUUACUGAGGUGGGUAGAGCAGCCAGGGCGUGGAUCAGGUUUGCAAGUGCAGUCCUGCCCCUCUGGGCGUGUGAGAGGGGACUGCCAACAAAAGGGAGUGUGUGACAGAGCUGGGCUGGCUGGUGCUGGGCAGUGCUGCUUGCUGGUGUCCCAGCAGGAUGUGGGGAGGAGCUGGGCUGGCCCUGGGCUGCAGGAGCCCUGCUCAUUUCCCUCGUUGGAAACACCCAGCCCUCCUGAGGAGGGGAGAUGCACACUGUAGUGCCUUGUGUGCCCUCCCUGCCAGGCUCCUGGGCCACUGGGGCUUCCAGCUGUGUUUCCUCCCAGCAGGUGUGUGUGUGGGUGUGUCUGGGGGUCCCAGCAGGUGUGUGGGUGUGUGUCUGUGGGUCCCAGCAGGUGUGUGGGUGUGUCUGUGGGUCCCAGCAGGUGUGUGUGUGUCUGGGGGUGUGUGUCUGUGGGUCCCAGCAGGUGUGUGGGUGUGUGUGUCUGGGGGUCCCAGCAGGUGUGUGUGUGUGUGUCUGUGGGUCCCAGCAGGGGUGUGGGUGUGUGUGUCUGUGGGUCCCAGCAGGUGUGGGUGUGUGUCUGUGGGUCCCAGCAGGUGUGUGGGUGUGUGUGUGUGGGUCCCAGCAGGUGUGUGGGUGUGUGGGUCCCAGCAGGUGUGUGGGUGUGUCUGUGGGUCCCAGCAGGUGUGUGUGUGUGUGUGUGUGGGUCCCAGCAGGUGUGUGGGUGUGUCUGGGGGUCCCAGCAGGUGUGUGUGUGUGUCUGGGGGUCCCAGCAGGGGUGUGUGUGUGUGUGUGUGUCUGGGGGUCCCAGCAGGUGUGUGUGUGGGACCUGCCCUCUGGUGCAGCCAGCAGAGGAACCAGGGUUCUGUCCCUGCAGGGUGGGAUGUGUGUGCUGCUUUAGGAAGCACCUGGAUGGGCUCUAAUUUUCAAACUGAUACUGUCAUCACUUUGUUUUGUCUUCCCUGCCCUUUCUGUCCCCUCCCCAGCUAAGAGGGGGCUCCUUGCAUGGUGGCACCUGGGUGGUUGCAGUCCAGCCUGGCUCCCUCUGCUCAGAAAUGGCUUUGUAAAGGUGACUGAAGUGUCUCAAAUUGCAUUAUUCUCCUUGCCUGCGACCUUGGAGUUCUGGAUCUGUACUGCUGUUUACCUGAUGUCUGUUCUGUAAAACUAGGCUGUAUUACAAAUGCAGAGUGAGAAUUUGCACUUUUCUUAAGAGUUUCUGUGUACUGCUACAUGGAUUUAGCUGAAUGAAGUGUUAUAAGUAAUAAAAUAUUCCCUUCAUAGUCUCAA